AUGGACACGACCGAAGAAGCGGAUAUUUGUCGCGUCUGCCGCUCCGAGGGGACGCCAGACAAACCCCUGUAUCACCCUUGUGUUUGCACUGGCAGCAUUAAGUUCAUUCACCAGGAAUGUUUGGUCCAGUGGCUGAAACACAGCAGGAAGGAGUAUUGUGAAUUAUGCAAGCACAGAUUUGCAUUCACACCAAUCUACUCCCCAGACAUGCCCUCACGCCUGCCCAUCCAGGACAUUUGUGCCGGACUGCUGACUAGCGUGGGCACUGCCAUUCGCUACUGGUUCCAUUACACGUUGGUGGCUUUCGCUUGGCUCGGGGUUGUUCCUCUCACUGCAUGUCGCAUCUACAAGUGUCUUUUUACUGGCUCUGUGAGCUCACUUCUGACACUGCCAUUGGACAUGCUCUCGACAGAGAACUUGCUGGCUGACUGUCUACAGGGCUGCUUUGUGGUUACCUGUACCCUGUGUGCAUUCAUUAGCCUGGUGUGGCUCAGAGAACAGAUAGUCCACGGUGGCGCUCCCCAGUGGUUAGAGCAGCACCAGCCUCCACCACCAAAUGCAGCUGGACAAGCCAAUGAGGCACAAGCAGCGGGCCAAGGAGCCGCAGAUGAGCCCCCUGCUCAUCAACCAGUUCCUGCCGAGCCCCCAGCCCAGAAUGAGGCAGAGCCAGAGCCCCCUGAUCCACCAGAGCAGGGUGACGACCCUGAGUUAGAAGAAGAGGAGGGUGUGGCUGCUGAAGAUGCCGACCCAAACAACGGAGCACAAGAUGACAUGAACUGGAACGCUCUGGAGUGGGACCGAGCUGCUGAGGAACUUACCUGGGAAAGGAUGCUUGGCUUGGAUGGGUCACUGGUUUUUCUGGAGCACGUAUUUUGGGUGGUGUCUCUCAACACACUCUUCAUCCUGGUGUUUGCAUUUUGUCCUUACCACAUUGGACAUUUCUCUGUUGUGGGUCUCGGCUUUGAGGAAUAUGUUCAAGCUUCCCAUUUCGAAGGGUUAAUUACAACCAUCGUUGGCUACGUACUGCUUGCCAUGACACUUAUACUGUGUCAUGGGUUGGCUGCUCUGGUCCGGUUUCAGCGCUCCCGGCGUCUCCUAGGAGUUUGUUACAUUGUUGUCAAGGUCUCUCUCCUGGUUGUGGUGGAGAUUGGUGUUUUUCCGCUGAUAUGUGGUUGGUGGCUCGACAUUUGCUCACUAGAGAUGUUUGACGCCUCUCUGAAAGAUCGAGAGAUGAGUUUCAAAUCGGCACCCGGCACCACUAUGUUCUUGCACUGGCUCGUGGGAAUGGUCUACGUCUUUUACUUUGCUUCUUUCAUUCUACUUUUACGAGAGGUGCUGCGGCCUGGAGUGCUGUGGUUUUUGAGAAACCUAAACGACCCAGAUUUUAACCCAGUGCAGGAGAUGAUCCACCUUCCCAUCUACAGACACCUGCGGCGGUUUAUUCUGUCCGUGGUGGUGUUUGGUUCCAUUGUGCUGUUAAUGCUCUGGCUUCCCAUCAGGUUGAUUAAACUACUGAUGCCUGCCUUCCUACCAUACAACGUCAUGCUUUACAGCGAUGCCCCAGUCAGCGAACUGUCUUUGGAGCUAUUAUUACUUCAAGUUGUGCUGCCAGCUUUAUUGGAACAAGGGCAUACUCGACAGUGGCUCAAAGGCUUAGUCAGGGCCUGGACAGUCAGUGCUGGAUAUUUAUUAGAUCUCCAUUCCUACCUCCUUGGGGAGCAAGAGGACAUUGAUGCCAACCAACCUGUGAACAACAACAACAAUCCUCCCCCGGGACACCAUAACAACAAUAACAACCCUCCACCAGCUGUUGGUGAGGGACUACAUGCGGCCCACCAGGCCAUUUUACAGCAGGGAGGGCCCGUGGGCUUCCAGCCAUACCACAGACCUCUUCGCUUCCCAUUCAGAAUUGUGCUGCUGAUAGCAUUUAUGUGCAUCACCUUACUGGUGGCCAGUCUUGUGUGCCUGACACUACCAGUGUUCACCGGACGCUGGCUGAUGUCCUUCUGGACUGGAAGCUCAAAAAUUCAUGAGCUGUACACGGCAGCGUGCGGUCUGUAUGUAUGCUGGUUGUCCAUCCGCGGAGUGACUGUGCUGCUCGCUUGGAUGCCCCAGGGACGCACAGUCAUUGUGCACAAAGUUCAGGAGUGGACUUUUAUGAUCCUUAAAACCUUGGUUGUUGCUUUGCUGGUUGCUGGAGUCAUCCCACUGUUGUUGGGUCUGCUGUUUGAGCUGGUUAUUGUAGCACCACUCAGGGUACCUCUGGAUCACACGCCCCUCUUCUACCCCUGGCAGGAUUGGGCUCUUGGAGUGCUUCAUGCCAAAAUAAUUGCAGCCAUUACACUAAUGGGUCCUCAGUGGUGGCUGAAAACUGUGAUUGAACAGGUGUACGCCAAUGGAAUACGCAACAUUGAUCUUCAUUUCAUCAUCCGUAAACUGGCUGCACCAGUCAUCUCAGUCCUGCUGCUGUCCCUUUGUGUGCCCUACGUGAUUGCGGCCGGAAUCGUGCCUGCUGUCGGCGUGACCCCAGAGAUGGAGAUUCUGAUGCAGAGGAGGAUCUAUCCCUUCCUCUUGAUGGUGGUGUCACUUAUCGGCAUCCUGUCCUUCCAAAUUCGACAAUUCAAACGCCUCUAUGAGCACAUCAAGAAUGACAAGUACUUGGUUGGCCAAAGGCUCGUCAACUACGAAAGGAAAGGAAAAGCAAGCUCGGUCCCCCCUUCCAACCCGAUAAUAGAAUAG